AUGGUCGAGGGAAUCAGGGAAACGCUGAGGGCAUGGAGGGACGACGUCACGGUGAAGGCCGUGCUCCUGAAGGGCAACGGGGGUCGCGCGUUCUGCUCUGGGGGCGACGUCAAAGGCUGCCGCGAGACCUUGAUGGAGGACCCCGCCAGCCCGGCCCCCGCCGAUCUGGUCUUUUGUGAGUACAACCUGCUCUUCGAGAUGGAGUUCCUCCAGAAGCCAUCAGUGGCCAUCGCCGAGGGCGUGACCAUGGGUUUUGGGCUGGGCCUGGCGUCUUUCUGUCGCUACACCGUCGCGACCGACACCACCCGCAUGGCCAUGCCCGAGAGCAACAUCGGGCUGUUCCCCGACGUGGGCUUCUCCUACAGAGCGGCCAACUUCCUGCCGCCCGGAGUGGGGCGGCUCCUCGCCGUGACCGACGCGGACGGCGCGGUGCGCGCCUGCCUCGCGGGCCUGGCGGCGCCGCCGGCGGGGCGCGGCCGGCUGAGCGCCCACGCCGCCCUCGUGGAGGCCUUUGCGCGCGCCCCCGGCGGGCCCGGCGGGCUGGCCCAGGCGCGGGGCGCGCUGGAGGCCGAGGCGACCGCGGCCGGGGGUUGGGCCGCCGAGCUCCAGGCGGGCAUGCCCAGGUGCUGCCCCUUCAGCCAGGCGGUUGCCUGGAGCCUGCUGUGCGCCGCGGAGGCGGACCGGGGCGCUGGCGAGCUGGAGUGGAGGGCCGCCGCCGCCCUGGAGCGGGACUUCGCCGCCGCGUGCCGCCUCUUCCGCAGGCCGGACUUCUGCGAGGGCGUCCGCGCCGUGCUCGUGGACAAGGGCCGGGUGCCAGCGGCGUGGGCUCCCGCGGCGACCUCGGACGUCUCGGAGGAGGAGGUGGCGGCCGCCGUCGCGCCCCUGCCGGAGGGGGAGCGGCGCCUGGGCCUCCCGGGGGCGUGA